AUGACGUCGGAGCAAAGACUUUCAACCAAGGACCUUGAAGAGAUUCCAAACAUACUGCUAGAUUUGCAGCUUCAAGACGACUAUGACAGGGUGAUUGUCUCUCCAGGUUACCGCGCACUGCACCAGAUCGUCAGCAUGCGACAAGACACGCCAGGAACCCAACGAUCGGAGUAUAAAUUCGUAGGCGAUCUUCUGAAUCACUUCAGAGAGACAGGGAUCCAGGCUACGAAUCCUAGGGACUAUGUGUAUUCCAUUCUCGGCAUAUACCCUCGGGCGGGACAGCUCUUCACACCCGACUACAGCCUAUCAGUCCGCGACCUCUUCAUUGACGUGGCCAGGAAAUUGCUUGAUGAAUCGGGUGGGCUUAAUCUCCUCACUCAAUGCGACAAUGUCGGUCGUGACUUCAAGCAUAUCUUCCCUUCCUGGGUGCCGGACUGGGCGACCAAACCACGCGCUAAAGACCUAAAGCCAAAUGUCGUCUUAGGCGUUCACAGAGCGAUCAAAUCGAACUACGCCCUCGACCCUUUUUCUCCACGUCUCACCGUUCACGGGAAGCCUCUUGGCACAGUCCGCUGGAUCCACGACUAUGAUCUUGACAAAAACUUUGGCCACUUCACAUAUGAUCAAUUCAAGCAACAUGACCACAGCAUGCUCUCGGCUCUCGAUCGUAUCGCUUCCGCCCUCUCCAUGCAUCGCCCUCGCACCGCCCCACAAAUGACGAAGGGCGCCAUGCUCUGGGAACUUGAUCUCGCGGUCGGCAGCCUCCACAAACGCAACGACGGCAGUGAGGAUAUUCAUUGGCAGAACGACGGUCGCAAGCCUGCGACCAGUUUACUCAUCAUUUGUAGCAAAGCGACCGGGAGGAGGUUCUGCAUUGGUGAUGGAAACAUCGUUGGGCUGGUACCGCAGAAUUCUAUAUCGGGUGAUGAGGUUUGGCUUCUGCAUGGGUCGUGUCACCAGUAUGUGUUGAGGAUGGUUGAUGAGGGAGAGUACUUGCUUGUGGGGACUUGCAUUUGGGAUUGGCGUGGGCUGCACACUCAGCACGGUGUUCGAGGUUGGGCAAAGUAUGAUGAGAACGAGGUUCGGAAGGUUGUGCUGGUGUAG